AUGCCGUCAGAAAAUGCUGACACACCCAACGAGACGCAGAGUGUUAUGCUUAAUGAAUGCAGAGAACUGAGACUCAAGAAAAAGAAUAGACAGUGUGUGACGCGAUUUACAGCGGUGGAGAGCGACCUGUACUACUCCUACGGAUAUAACAACGUUGGCUUCCCGAUACUGCCCUCCUCGGAAGAUAGCCUCUUCAUUUCUCCGCUUGAGCUCCGCAUCGAGCCAUGUCUGGAGCUUUGCUAUGAACUUGUGGAUGCAAACCCUGCUUCGUCAUUUUCGUCAAUCGAGACGCAGACAAACAAUCAGGUGAGUGUACACAAAAGCGACCUCCCGUCUGGCCUGGAGGAUGAGGAAGACAUCAAGGGAAUUGAUAACAUACAAUGCCUAACACCCCGCGCACUGAUAGCAGAUAGAUCCCCACGUGAGGUCCGAGUGCAAACCCAGCCACCUGCCUUUUUCAGAUUAUGGUAUAUUGGGCUCUUAGCUUGCUAUAACAAUGUGUUUAAUAAGUCUAGUUAA